ACCAGUGCAUGUAUGCGUGUGUUUUGGUCUGUGUGCCUGUGCGUGUGCAAGGAAAGCACAGGGAGGAGGAGGAGGAAGAGGAGGAGGAGGAGGAAGGAAAGGAGGUGCAGACAACAGAUCAGCGGACAGAGUUUUUAUUGGAGGAAACAGUUUGUGUGGAGAUCCAGACGAGGACAGUCGGAGCGCACCGACCCACCAUUCCUGGAGCUGCGAGGUGCCUUUUGAUUACCGGUGCUGGAGAGACCCGGGGGAGUCCUUCCCUACAGAGGGAACACUUAAGGAACACCAUGGCCUUAGCGGGAUGCCCUGACUACUUCCUACAUCACUCAAACUACAAGGAAAGCAUGGACCGCACUUCCUCUCGCCGACCUGAGGAGCUGAUUGUUCCAGGCUUUCAGAGCUCGGCCAAUCAAAGCUUGCCACAUCACCAUGACGACGAUGUGGAUCUGGAGCAGCUGGUGAAUGACAUGAACUCCUCCAUGGAGAGUGUUUACUCUACGCAGGCAGACACGGCGCUGCUCCUGAAUAACGGCCAUGUGCCCGCUCCUCACCACCACCACCACAUGCACCCAACCCACCGUCGUCACACCCCGCCCCAGCCCCCUUCCUCCCCCUCCAGGGAGAGGCUGCGACACUCCCAGCCCAUGCACAUCCAGGCCGUCAGGUGUCUGCAGGAAGAGCAUCUGCUGCGUCCGGCCUCCCUGCCUGCCAUCCCCAACCCUUUCCCUGAGCUCUGCAGCCCGGCAGGCUCCCCCGUUCUCAGCCCCAUUCAGACCUCCAACAACCACAUAGUGAAAGUGUGGAGCGAGGAUGGGGCCGGUAAAGUGUUGGAGAUCCCAGCAGACAUGACGGCCAGAGAUGUGUGUCAGCUCCUGGUCUACAAGAGCCACUGUGUGGACGACAACUCCUGGACACUGGUGGAGCACCACCCCAUCCUUGGCCUCGAGAGAUGUCUGGAGGACCACGAGCUGGUGGUUCAGGUUCAAGCCUCCAUGAGCAGCGACAGUAAAUUCCUCUUCAGGAAGAACUAUGCCAAAUAUGAAUUCUUCAGGAACCCCCUGAACUUUUUUCCAGAGCAGAUGGUGGCUUGGUGUCAAGAGUCCGAUGGCUCAAUCCCUCAGUCACAGCUCUUACAGAACUUUCUGAACUCCAGCAGCUGUCCAGAGAUCCAGGGCUAUCUGCAUGUGAAGGAGCCCGGACGCAGGUCCUGGAAGAAACUCUACAUGUUCCUGCGACGCUCCGGGCUCUACUACUCUACUAAGGGAACAUCCAAGGAGCCCCGACACCUGCAGCUGCUGUCGGAUCUGGAGGACAGUAACAUCCUCACCAUCAUCGCAGGCAGAAAACUCCACAACGCUCCGACAGAUUAUCAGUUCUGCAUCAAGCCCAGCAAAGUGAGGAGUGACUGUAAGGAGCUAAAGAUGCUGUGUGCUGAGGACGAACAGAGCAGGACCUGCUGGAUGACGGCCUUCCGACUGCUCAAAUUUGGGAUUCUACUGUAUCAGAGCUACAACGUUCCCCAGCAGAGGAAGUCCAACCUCUCGCCUUUCACUGCACCCGUGCGGAGUGUAUCUGAGAAUUCCCUGGUCGCCAUGGACUUCUCCGGGCGGACCGGCCGCGUCAUCGACAACCCCGUUGAGGCCCAGAGCGCCGCCCUGGAGGAGGGACAGACCUGGAGGAAACGGAGCCAGCGUAUGAAUGUCCUGGGCAGUCCCAGCCCCCUGCACCCGUCCUCUCUGAGCACAGUGAUCCACAGGACACAGAUAUGGUUUCAUGGUCGCAUCAUGAGAGAGGAAGCCCACAAAAUGAUCAUUCAACAAGGCCAAGUAGACGGAUUAUUCCUGUUGCGGGACAGUCAGAGUAAUCCCAAGGCAUUCGUGCUCACCUUGUGCCACCACCAGAAGAUCAAGCACUUCCAGAUCCUACCGUGUGAGGAGGACGGUCAGGUGUUCUUCAGCCUCGACGACAGCGCCACAAAGUUCACAGAUUUGAUCCACCUGGUGGAGUUUUACCAGCUCAACAGAGGAGUGCUGCCCUGCAAGCUCAAACACCCCUGCACCGCCGUGGCCUUGUGACACUCCACACCUCCAACCCCUUUUUUUGCACACCUCUCACCCUGAGAUCCC